AUGGCACUUUUUAAAGGAACAAUUCUAAAAAGUAUAAUUCUUAAUACACACCGAGCCUUAACAGCGGGUAUUCGUUAUGCUUCCGUCGAAGUGCCUACGGACGACAGUCCUGUGGAGAUGGAAAAUCCCUUCACAAAGGAGAGACGACAAUGUAUUCUAUGCAAGUUAAAUAUUACGCCUGAUUACAAAAACUAUAGACUACUUUCACAAUUCCAAAGCCCUUAUACUGGAAGAAUAUAUGGGAGACAUAUAACAGGCCUUUGUAAGGCAAAGCAAACAGCAGUCGAGAAGGAAAUUACUAAAGCACAGAACUGUGCUUAUAUGCCAUAUACAUAUAAGGACAAAGCAUUUUUAAAAGAUCCCAAACUCUUUGAUCCGGAAAAUCCUGUUAGAACACACAGAUUCUAA